AAAAUUGUUCUUUACAGCUUUGGUCCUCGCAGCCAUUUUCAAAAUAAAGGCUAAAAGAUCAGAGGUACUAGAAUGCGAAAAUUCUAAUCAAGGUAAAAGUAGCAGCUCGAAAGAAAGAUUUUGGAAGCUGAAAUUGUCAGAUGUGGAAAAGAUGAGAAGAAGCCAAGCCAAGAAAGAGAACCUGUCACGUUAUUUCGCAGAUUUGGGUAUCUACUUGGUCUUCGUUUUCUUGCUGAUGGUAGUGUGCUAUGGAAACAAAAAUGACCAUCGGUACCUGAUGACAAAAUCAAUCCGAGAUGGCUUGCCAAACUUUAGUAAUGUGGCAGACGACAAGAUGUACUGGAGCUGGUUGCAAGAUAAUUUUAUUCCUGGAGUGUUUUCUGGCAGAUGGUACAACGGUCAAGAGGAGAAACAAACAACGUACAUUGGAAAUAAACAUUCUCUUCUUGUUGGAAUGCCUCGAAUAAGGCAACUCAGAGUGAAAUCGACUUCGUGUACCAUUGCAAUGUUUAAAGAAUGCUACAAAGGGUAUUCUAACACAGACGAAGACAAGACCGCCUGCUUUAAGCCGGGAUGGAAGCCUGUUGAUAACUCCACGAGUAACGACGAAUUGCCACGACUUUGCCCGAAGCCAUGGCGAUAUCAAAGUGCGAAGGAAACCGACACCGUAGCAAAGUGGGGACGGUUGUCAUUUUAUCAUGGAGAAGGAUUUAUAGCAGAUCUUGGGAACGACAACCAAACAGGACAUCGCAUAAUAACAAAUUUAAAAAAAAGUUGUUGGCUAGACAAGCAAACGAGAGUUGUCGUCGCAGAGUUUUCCUCGUUUAAUCCCUCAGUGAAUAUUUUAGGUGUUGCCACAUACUUCUACGAAGUUGAGGCGUCGGGAUUCAAAGUCGCCUCGACACAAAUUGAUGUCAUUUCUCGUGAUUCUUCGGAUACAGCUUCACUUCAGUUUUACUCGAUCUGCCUUUUUCUAUUUAUUUUACUCGUUAUUCUGCAUUUUGGAAGAGAGAUCUUCAGAAUUUAUAGUCAUCGCUCUCGUUAUUUCCAGUCCGUGUGGCAUUGGGUGGAGAUGCUCCAAGUUGUUUUUUCUGUGUUAGCCGUUGUAAUUUACCUUAUACGACAACGUAGAGUAAAUACAGCGACGGGAAAGUUGCAAGAAAACAUUGACGCAAACAUCAGUUUUCAAGAAGCUAUAAUUUGGCAGGAAGCAGACAAUGCUGCACUUGGAGUCCUAAUUUUUAUCGUCACUGUAAAGCUCUUGAGAAUCAUUCGGUUGAAUAGUCAAGUUGUUGUAUUCUCCAAAGCAUUGAAGAUAUCAGCGCGAUCCUUGUCAUCGUUUAGCAUUGUUCUAUUGACUUUCUUUAUUGCAUUUCUGCACUUCGGUGUUUUGAUGUUUGGCACUGGAUUUGAGCGCUAUUCUUCUGUGCUUAAAGCAACUUAUUUCCAACUCGAGCUAACUCUAGGGCGAGUGAAAGCUAGACCAAUCAAUGAACUGUCCGAGACUCACAAAAUAUACGCCAAAAUCUUCUCCUUCUUAAUUCUUUCAACCCUUACUAUUGUCUGCAUGAAUUUUUUCAUCGGUAUGAUAAACGAUGCACUUCUGGAAGCAAAGAACACCGCUGGCCAAAGUGUACUGCACGAACUUGUCAAUAAAGAUCCUUGCAUAAGCUCAAAGGACAGAAAAGCAUUUUUCGAUGUGAUCAGUCACAAGCUGCGACAGUCGAAGGCCUCACGAACGCUAGACGAGAUGGAGAAAAAAAGCACUUCAAAUGUUAGCCUUGAUUUCGAGAAAAGUUCAAAAAUGAACUUUGAUAUCAAGGUUAGCGAGAUGUGGGUUUUAAGGGAAAUAAAAGCAGAGAAAACACCAAGCAACGUGGAGAGAAAAUCAUUCUUUGAUAAGACAAGCAGAAUGUUAAAAGCGAUAAGAAGUAUCAACUAUAACGAACAAAGCAAGGGCAAAGGUAGAAAGAACGUAAGAUUUCAGGAGGAUGUCGUUGACUCUUUUCUUCGGAAAUUGGAUAAAAAGAAGAACGACUUGUUUCAACAUCUAGAUAGAGUUAUUACAGGGUUUUCAGAGGAGGAAGAGGACAUUUAUCAUUUGCUGAGCUACGUUGAAGGCUCACUCGGACCACGAUGAAAAAGAAAAAAAGAUAAUUAAGAUAAAAUGAACAAAUGUUUUGCC